AACCAUGCGGAACUUCCGGUGGUCGCUGUCAGACUCGUCUCCCUGGUGACACCGUAAAGCGCGGGGCUCGGUGCCGUAAAGCGGCGAGGAUGGCGGAGCUGCACCCCCGUACGGGCAAGCUCGUUAUCCUCAGCAACGGGAAUCGGACGGCGACCCGGAAACAGCCGGCGCAAGAGUUCAACCAGGGCCUGGUGCUGAGCGCCCGCCCGCUGGGCCCCGGGGAGGUGUUCACGGUCCGGCUGGAGCGCAAGAUGAACUCGUGGAGCGGCUCCAUGGAGAUCGGGCUGACCACACAGGACCCGUCUCUGCUCGACUUCCCCAGCAGCGCCACAGGACUGAAGGGUGGCGCGUGGAUUGUGUCUGGCUGCUCAGUGCUGGAAGAUGGGCGCUCCAUCCUGGAGGAAUACGGACAAGAUCUGGACCAGCUAGGAGAGGGUGACCGGGUGGGCAUUCAGCGGACCCCCUCUGGGGAGCUUCAUCUGUGGGUGAAUGGCAGAGACUGUGGGUCUGCGGCUGCAGGGAUUCCCCCCGGGGUCUGGGCAGUGGUCGAUUUGUAUGGAAAGUGCACCCAGAUCUCCGUUAUAUCAUGUCAGCCCCCUGACGAAGAGGAGGAAGACAUGGAGGAUCUAGAUACAGGUCCUCUGCUCUCCACUGGACAGCCACGCCCAGAUAAGUUUCCUAGCAGCCUGGACGCAGACACUGGGUUCCCGAGCACAGAACUCUCGGCCGUCGUCAGUAAUGCCAUCCUCUCGGCGUAUCAUGGAAGUCUCCUGAGUGUGAGUCUGGGGUCUCCUCCACCUGCGGCCGAGCACUCUCCGCCUACAUCUAACGACGCUCUGCUGUUCCAUGAGAAGUGCGGCACGCUCAUUAAACUCAGCAAUGGCAACAAGACGGCGGAGAGACGAAGACCGCUGGAUGAGUUCAAUAACGGCGUUGUGAUGACCAACCGGCCCCUGAAGGACAGUGAGAUGUUUGAGAUCCGCAUUGAUAAGCUGGUGGAUAAAUGGUCCGGCUCCAUAGAGAUUGGGGUGACCACCCACAACCCCAACAGCCUGGAGUACCCGGCCACCAUGACCAACCUGCGCUCAGGAACCAUCAUGAUGAGCGGCUGUGGGAUUCUGACCAAUGGGAAGGGGACGCGGAGGGAAUACUGUGAGUUCAGCCUGGACGAGUUACAGGAGGGGGACCACAUUGGGCUGACCCGGAAAUCCAGUGGAGCCCUCCACUUCUACAUCAAUGGCAUGGACCAAGGCGUGGCCUCGUGUCAGACCCCGCCAGUAGUGUACGGGGUCGUUGACCUCUACGGGAUGGCCGUUAAGGUGACGAUCGUUCACAACCACAAUCAUGCCGAUCGGCUGCGGAGGAAUAACGCCAUUCUGAGGGCCCGCUCACCGGACGCAGGACGCCAGAAUUCUCAGACCCCCGACCCUGGUCAGCUUCUGUUUCAUACUAACUGUGGCCAGAAAGCUUCAAUCACCAAUGGGGGGCGCACUGCGCUCCGGCCGCACGCCACUGAUGACUUCAACCAUGGCGUGGUUCUCAGUGUCCGGCCGCUCCAUAACAAUGAGGUCUUCCAGGUGCGGAUAGACAAAAUGGUGGAUAAGUGGGCAGGAUCGAUUGAGAUUGGUGUCACCACCCAUAACCCAGCGUACUUACAACUGCCGUCCACCAUGACCAAUCUGCGCUCAGGAACCUGGAUGAUGACAGGCAAUGGAGUCAUGCACAAUGGCACCACCAUCCUGGAUGAGUACGGGCACAACCUGGACCGGCUGAAGGCAGGGGACACUGUGGGAGUGGUGCGGAGAGAAGAUGGCACUCUCAACUUCUUUGUUAAUGGAGUGGCUCAGGGUGUGGCCGCAUGGAACGUGCCACCUAAUGUGUUCGCCGUGGUGGAUUUAUAUGGUCAAGCAGCACAGGCCACCAUUGUUGAUGAAGCCGUUCCUCUGCCCGGGGAAGAAGAUGAGGUUCUGGCGCUCACUCCUGGGACCCCCUGCACUCAGCAGUCUCUGUCUGACCUGCGCUUCCAUCACCUGCAUGGCAGUAACGCCCUCAUUACUAACGGUGGGCGCACCGCCCUGAGGAACAACUCGCGCAGUGAAUUCAAUGAUGCCAUCGUCAUGUCUAACCGGCCUCUGAAGGACGGGGAGCUAUUUGAGAUUGUUAUUCAGAAGAUGGUGGACCGCUGGUCAGGAUCCAUAGAGGCAGGAGUCACAGCAAUCCGCCCAGAGGACCUGGAGUUUCCCAACACGAUGACUGACAUUGACUAUGACACCUGGAUGCUGAGCGGCACUGCCAUCAUGCAAGAUGGGAACACCUUGAGAAACAACUAUGGCUGUGAUCUGGAUUCUCUGGGUUCUAGUUCAAGGAUUGGCAUGAUGAAGACCACUCGAGGUGAUUUACACUAUUACAUCAAUGGUGAAGACCAAGGUGUCGCCUGUACAGGACUGCCAUCCGGAAGAGAUAUCUUUGCGGUGAUUGACUUGUACGGACAGUGUGUCCAGGUGUCGCUGACCGGUGGGAGCGGCCUUAUAGACAACAGCUUAUCAGCAAGUCAUGUGACUGACAAGUCUCUCCCCACCCCCUCUCCAGUCCCCAGUGUCUCUCAUCGGUUCCAUUCCAUCUGCGGAAAGAACGUGUCUGUCCUUUGUGAUGGAACCCGAGCAGAGCGUAGCGCUGGCUAUGGUGACGGCAUCGUGUUCAGCAGUAGUGAGCUCCUCGUCAAUGAGGUCUUUGAGGUGAAAGUGGAGCGACUGGACCCACGCUGGUCAGGAUCCUGCCAUAUUGGGGUCACCUCUAUUCCACCACAUGAGGCCCCUUUCCUAGGUGGGGGUCUCCCCCCAUCAGCAAUUGAUCUCCGCUCCCGGGUCACUUGGUUGGUCUCUGGGUCUGAGAUCCUGAGAAAUGGCCGGCGCCUUCGGGAGAAUUACUGUGGCAGUUUGGAUCGGAUCCGUGUCGGCUGCCGACUCGCGGUGCGUCGUGAUAGUGAUGACACUCUGCACAUUCUGAUCAAUGGAGAGGACAUGGGAGCGGCAGCCAGCGGGAUUCCUAAGGGAGUGUAUGCAAUCCUGGAUCUUCACGGCUCCAUCACUGCUCUGUCUGUUGUCAGCUCCUCAGUUCUAGAAGAAUCCGAUGCCACCAAACCACCAUCUGUGAAUUCUGAGAGUGAAGAGGAAGAAGAUGUAGAGCACAAUGGUGACCCUCUGCCUGCCCUCCAACUGCAUUCCCUGCACUUUAUGGGUAAUCACGGAAAGAACAUACAACUUUCAGACGGAAACAGGAUAGCGACACGCGUGGGCAGCUACAACCAGGGCAUCGUGGUGCUGGCUCAGCCAUUACCUCGACUCUUCCUACUCCAGGUCCGACUAGACCAGCUCUCACCACGGUGGACGUCCUCUCUUUCCAUUGGUGUUAUUGGGGUGUCACCCGAGAGGCUGAACUUCCCGGCCACGGCAGCCGCCAUUAAAAGGAGCGCCUGGAUCUUCCAGCGCAGUGCUGUUCUUUACAAUGGAGCCAAGGUCCGUGACGGUUAUGGGCCUAACCUUGAUUUAUGUCCUGAGGGAACGUGUGUUGGGCUCUUGCUGGAUUCCUCGGGUGGUCUCCACUUAUAUAUUAAUGGCUUGGAUCAGGGGGUGGGAGCACAAGACCUGCCGGAGCUGUGUUACGUUGUGGUAGACCUGUACGGGCAGUGUGAGCAGGUCUCCUUAGUGACAGGAGAGGUGCAGGGAGCAGAGUCGAAUGCUCAUGAGGGUCAUAUUCCUGGAGAGAGAGAAAAGGCGGAUAUGGUGGAUGGUGUGAAGGAGAGUUUGUGCUGGCUGCCGCCUGACCCUCUGGCUCUCCUGAGCUGUGAAUACCUCGCCCUCUGCCUCCGCUUCAAGGAGCUGCUUCUUCUGCCUGAGGGCUAUUUCAUGGAAGACUCCAAGCUGUGUGUUUGUCACUGUGAGUCUUGUCACAAGCUGAGAGGAGAUGAGUUGUACAGUAAGAGAGGAGACCCCCCUCGAGAAUAUGCUGAGCCUUCAGGAUGGUGCACCUUCCCCCUCAGGCUGAGUCCACGGUCGUCAUGUACCCAGUUUAAGAAGUGGCACAUUGCCUACCAGGGCAGCGGUGCAGGAAGUGUACGGAGGACGCUGGAUCGGGGUGAGCUGCUCCCAGGAUCAUCAUGCAUACUCACAUCUGUGCCGAUGAAGUCUGAUCCUCAGAACGGCUUCUCACCAUCUGAGCCCAAUGUCCUGCAGAGCCGUGAAGUGCAGAGCGUGGUCUUAUCACCGACCCUACGAUACGCUGGCCUGCCUGACUUCUGUCCCAAAGUCCAGUUCAGAGACCCCCGGUCUCAACGCACAUUUGGAGCCCAAGUCGCCCUCCAGGUCUGUGUACGACCAGGAUCAUACAAGAUGGGCCCCCCAUCGGCAGGGACCUCCGAUCUCCUGGAUCCCAGGAUUCCCAGCGCUGAGGUGGAGUGGGUGACCAAAGAAAAGGGGGCCACUGUCUUAAGGGGUCUGCUGGUGCGUGUGGAAUGAACUUUAGAUACGUCAGGUGUCCUGACAUCACAAGAGAAGAGCGGACAUCGGGAAAUCUGUGCCACAAAUGGGGAGUCUGUUACAGAUGACCCCCUACCCAACGUCUCCCCUUCACCAUGUCCCCUAACUGUCUCUCUCCAUUUUGUCUGCCCACCCCCCACUCCUCACCCAAGUUGUUUACAUCCCCCUCCCCAUUAAUUUAUUGAAGAAAUGAAGCAUUCUGGCUGGGUGGCCUGAUACAGGACAGAGCGCAGCGUCUCCUGUGUUCCUGGCCAGCCCCUCGCCUUUUAUUUAA